AUGGAUUUGAAUUAUAGAUCUUAUCAACAAGUUCUUAAUAUUGCUGUUAAACCAACUACAACUUCAACUUCAAAUGUUUUAAAUAUUAAAAAAUUAAAUUCAACAAAAAAAAUCACAAAGCCAAAAAUAAAGAAAGAUGAAAGUCAGAUAAAAAGAAGAACUAAAACUGGUUGUUUUACAUGUCGAAAAAGAAAGAAGAAAUGUGAUGAAGAUAAAGUAAAUGGUAAAUGUCAAGCUUGUACUAGAAAUUUCCUUCAAUGUUGUUGGCCAGAACCAACACCUACUAAAGAAGGACCUAAAGAGUUGAGUGCAGAAACAAGGAAGUGUUCGGAUAAUGUAUCAACUGUAAGAUCAACUAAAUGUGAUAUAAACUCAUUAUUGGCAUCUCCAAUCACUACAAUAACACCUCCAGUUAUAAAGAAACAAGAAUUACCAUCAACCAAACAACAAGAAUCACAUGAAAAACAAAAAAUAUCAGAAAAACAAAAUCCAUAUCCAAGUCCUAUUCAAUCACCUGUUUCUUUAUACAGUCAUCCUAAUAGUCCUAAUAAUGAAAUUAGUUAUAUAAGUUUACCUCCGUUAUAUAAUUUCAACUAUAAAUUACAUGCUAAAGAUAGUAAUGUAAGAGGAUCAAAAAAUGAAAAUGAUGAUAACACCAAGAUUCAGAGUAAAUCUAAUGAACAAACCAUUCCACAACCAAACAAAGUUGUUUCAGAAGAAAGUCGAACAAGAUUCAUCAUAACAAGUUUUAAUUCUCGAAAGGACUUGUGUGAAAUUAAUUGA